CUCUUGUUCGAUACUAUAUUUGUUUACGUGUGAGCUUGUGUGUUAUAUAUUCUAACUCAAAGACCGAAACAUCUAAGUUUUUCUCUACAUAUAAUCUACAAUUAUUACGAUGGAUACAGAUCCAACACCAAAUCUAUUUCUACAUUUUGGUCGGCAAAGAUUUGCUAUUCACAGCUGUUAUGAGCCGUUGGUGAAAAGUUUUGGUUCUGAAACACCAUCACGCAUACAACCGUUCGCAACUCCGAUGUCUUUAUCCGAACGCGAUAUGAUCCAGUUAUUCUUAAUUCAAUUGUGGAAAAAACGAUCUCAAAGAAUUUUACAUGUAAUCCAUCAAUUUAAAGCUGUUAAUGCAUCAGAGGAGACAUCAGAAGGAAGCAGCUUAGUACAUUUCCAAGCUUCGGAUAUACGAUUAUUUUCGUAUAAAGAUUUUGACUCCAGUAGCAGCGAGACAAGCGAUAUGGAAGCUUGGGAUGCAGACGAUGAAAUGGGCUUUACGGAAAGCGAAUUGAGUUUAAUGCAAAAUGAGAUAAGUUUAGAGGAAUAUGAAAUGAAUUCAAUAGAAAAUGAGAUGAUUUUAAAAGAACACGAGAGCAGUGUAAGUGAAAAUGACAUGAGAUUAAAGGAAAAUGUAGAGAGUUUAAUAGAAAAUGAGAAAAGUUUAGAGAGAAAUGAAAUGAGUGUAAAGGAAAUCAAAACUCCUUUCAUUUCAGUUCCAUCGCAUUCAGUGCCACCUAAACGUAAAUUCAUUUAUCGUCACAUAAUACCGAUAAUACAGGAAACACGGCGUAGAGGCUGGUUUACGCUUGAUAAGUACGGUCUGCGAAUACCACACAAUUAUCCUAUAAAUUCCAGAUUCACAGGUUGGAAGUAUACUCUUUAUAGUUCAAAAAAAGUUAAAAAACGAAAGCCUGUAUUAACUGCAAACAGAUCCAUGAUAAAAGUAUUCUAUAACAUGGGUUGGUUUGGUACAAUCUCCAAGUUUGAUAUAACAAGUGGUAAAUGUUCUUUUAAAGUUUUAAUAAUAGAAAACGAAAAUCUGAUGGGAGGAAGAAAAAUUCGUUUUUGUUUAGAUGAAAUGCCGAAAAUAAAUGGCUUUCGCAUAGGUUUCUCGCCUCUUAACUGUCCAAUAUUAUUGGGCGAAGCAUGGAAUUCGUUUGCAUUUUGUGAAUCAGGAUGUUUGGCAAACAAUUCAAAUUAUUCCGAUUAUGGUCUGUCCUAUGGAGCUAAUGAUGUCAUUACUUGUACAUUAGAUUUAAGUGUAAAACCAUGCACCAUAAAAUAUGCGGUGAACGGCUUAAAUUUAGGUGUGGCCUUUAGUUUUAACAAAGAUGAAGUUAUUGGCAAAUAUGGACUAGUACCUCACAUUGUCUCCAGAAACUAUGAGUUUCAAGUUAAUUUCAGUAGUGAAGGACAUAGAUGGGGUCGUUUUAAUGAAAUAGAUUUGGGAAGCUCAAGAUUGAUUUACAAACUUUAUGAAUCAAGAUUUUGCAAUAAUCUAGUAAAAUAUGAUGGUGAUAAUGAAAAUGAGAAGAAUGAAGAGACUGAAAAGAAAAAUGUAGACACAGCUGAAUAA